CAAUUGUUUAUUUUAACAACAAAUGUUUAAACUUUAUAACUUGAAAUGAGCUGUUUUGACGAUAUUUAUUUAUGGCGACAGAGUUUAGUCCUCAUGGCGGACUGCAUGCACUCCAUUGGAACUGGUCUGAUGUUAUCUUUUCCGGCUGUUCUGAACCCCGCUAUCUUGUCUCCAAGUAACACAGAAAUAUCUGUCACACCAGACGAAGCUUCCUGGAUUGCUGCCAGCCAUGGAUUUUCCGGAGUCAUCGGAUUUUGUGUAAUUCCACCACUUAUGCAAGUAUUUGGCCGUAAAUUUGCAUUCUUUUGCAUGAACAUUUUAGUUAGUACCGGAUUUUUCAUAUUUGCCCUCGCGAACAGCAUAUCUGCUUUAUACGCUGCUAGAAUUAUCCAAGGAAUGGCAUUAUGCGGAGUUUAUAUUACUGCUAUAGUAUUAGGAGAGUAUUCACAUCCAAAAAGAAGAGGAUAUUUUAUAACAAUAAAAAAAGCUUCGGUGGCGAUAGGUUCGCUGAUGUGUCACUCCAUGGCUUUAUAUUGGACGUGGAGACAAAUAGCGAUAUUUGCUAUAAUCCCUCAAAUUGUUUCAAUUAUAAUAACCUGUUCAUGGCCUGAAAGUCCAGCUUUCCUGGCCAUGAAGGGCAAAUAUGAAGAGUGCAGUGCAUCAUACAUAUGGUUGCAUGGUGAUAAUUCGAAGAAUAGGAAAGAUUUAGAAGAACUCAUAGCAGCGCAACAAGAGAGACGGCAGAAGAAUAAAAAUAGCAAAAAAGACAAAUUGAUAGCGUUUUUGAGGAAAUUGACGCAAAGAGAUUUUCUUAGAUCUUUCCUAAUCGUUUCUGUGCUAACGAUGAUUAUUGAUGCUAGUGGUAGGUAUUACAUGCUUGCGUAUAUUGUUGAAAUUUUGAUACAGAUAACUAGCGAUGAGACGAUCGCUGUGUAUUGCACUAUCGGCGCUGACGCGUUAACUCUGGUCGCACUUUCGAUUUCAUGUUUCAUUAUAAGAUGUUUUAAAAGACGAACAAUACUGUUUACUGCAGGAAUACUAUCAGUUUCAUUGAUGUUUGUAACAAGUUUUCUCACAUUUUUGGAAUCUAGCUACAAGAUUAGUAUAUCUUUCUGGGUGACGCCUUUUGUAAUACUCUUAAAUGUUUUCAUUGUAAAUGCUGGUGUUGUUCCAGUUUGUUUCGCAAUAAUAGGAGAAAUAUUACCAUUAGAACAUAAGGGUACUGGAUCAUGUACGACUGGCAUAGUUUUUACGAUUUUAUAUGCCCUCGUCAUGAAAUUAACUCCAUUAAUGAUGGAUAAAACCGGUAUCGUCGGUACGUUCGGUAUUUACGGCACAUGUGUGAUAGCUGGUCUAGUCGUAUUAUAUUUUGUUCUAAAUGAAACCAAAGAUAAGACUUUGCAAGAAAUAGAAAAUGAAAUUAAGGGAAAAAAAUCGUCUCAUUUCUUAAUGGAUAAGCCAUUGAUGUCAUGA